AUGACGCGGACCUGGUGCUGUCACGGCGUCAAGAGAUGUGAGGAUGGAAUAAAUGAAUAUUUUUCUACUAAUACGAAUAAAAGAAGUUCCGUGCCUGCUAUUCCAAUAGUAGCAGAAGAAUCAUCACUAAUUUGUGAUACAAUUAACUUGGAGGAACCAGAUUCACGUAAUAAAUAUUUAAGCCCUAGGAUACAAAAUGAAGUGAUAGCUAUAUGUGGUGAUUUAUUAUUAAAGAAAAUUGUUGAAAAAAUCAAUGUAUCCAAAUGUUUCUUAGUCUUGGCUGAUGAAACAACAGACAUUUCAGUUACAGAACAACUCACAAUAUGUGUAAGAUACUUAAGUGGAACGGAGAAUGAUGUACAAAUCAAUGAAGAUUUUAUCAAGUUUGUUGAGAUUCAUAGUUUAACAGGAGUUGAUUUAGCAUCUGCAAUUCUUAAUGGGUAUGAUGGGGCUGCGAAUAUGUUCGGGCAAUUUAAAGGAGUAAAAUCUAUUAUACAAGCAAAGUAUCCUAAGGCAUUGUACUUGCACUGUGUUGCCCAUUCCUUAAACUUGGCAGUAUCCUCUGCGUGUGAUUUACAACCAAUUCGAAAUUGCCUUGGGGUCAUUGAAAAAUUGUAUUGUUUUUUUAAUACACCUAAACACAAAAAUGCACUUUUUGAAGCUAUUAGUAAUAGUGAUUUGAUACCAAGCAUAAAAUCAUUAAAACGUUUAUGUGCAACCAGAUGGAUUCAAAGGUAUGAUGCCGUUAAUGAUUUUGUUCAGUUAUUUCCAUACGUUGUAGUUUCAUUAGAAACUAUGUCAAGUUGGAAAGAUGUAACUGCAGUUGAAGCUAAUAUGUUAAGAAAUACAAUAGACUCAGAAUUUCUUAUAUCAGUACAAAUUAUAAAAGUUUUAUUUUCAUAUGGGCUGCCAUUGUGCAAACAACUACAAAGCAAAGACAUUGAUUUAAAAGAAAUGGUUGGUUUAGCAGAAGAUAAUGUUAAUGCUCUUAAAGAACUAAGAACUAAUAUUGAACCUGAAUUUAAAAAAAAUAUUUUAUGA